AUGCAAGACCAUACACUUUUGACCAUUUCAGAAGCUAAAAAGGUCACCUGCGCUGUUCUCAUCGCCGCUGCCUCUGUCAGCACCGCCGUGGCCACCGUGGAGGUUGCUGCCCCCGCCCCUGGCCCUAGCAGUGGAGCCUCAGCUGCCUUGCCACUUGUUGGCUCCUUGGUUGGUGCCUCUGUCUUCUCUUUCUUUGCCUUGUUCCACUAA